AUGCCCCACUCACUCCAGGCUUUCGAGAAUGCCUCCACCAGCGUGGCUGCCUCGCAGAUGCGCAAUGCCCUGAACGCCCUCUCCGACUCCGUCACUGAGCCCGCCGACAAGAAGCGCUUCGAGACCGAGAUGGACAACUUCUUCGCCCUCUUCCGUCGUUUCCUCAAUGACAAGGCCAAGGGUAACGCUGUCAACUGGGACCGCAUCGCUCCUCCCCAGCCCUCGCAGGUCGUCGGCUACGACGAGCUCGGUGCUGAUGCCUCCGUUGAGUUCCUGAACAAGCUGGCUGUCGUCAAGCUGAACGGUGGUCUCGGUACCUCCAUGGGUUGCGUCGGCCCCAAGUCCGUCAUCGAGGUCCGUGAGGGCAUGUCUUUCCUCGACCUGUCGGUCCGCCAGAUUGAGCACCUCAACCGCACCUUCAACGUCAACGUCCCCUUCGUCCUCAUGAACUCCUUCAACACCGACCAGGACACCCAGUCCAUUAUCAAGAAGUACGAGGGCCACAACGUCGAUAUCAUUACCUUCAACCAGUCCCGCUAUCCCCGUAUCAUCAAGGACUCCCUCCUCCCCGCCCCCAAGAGCUUCGAUGCUCCCCUCCAAGACUGGUACCCUCCCGGUCACGGUGACGUCUACGAGUCCCUCUACAACUCCGGCACUCUCGACAAGCUGAUCGAGCGCGGCAUUGAGUACAUCUUCCUGUCCAACGCCGAUAACCUCGGCGCCGUCGUCGAUCUCCGCAUCCUGCAGCACAUGGUUGACUCCAAGGCGGAGUACAUCAUGGAGUUGACCGACAAGACCAAGGCCGAUGUCAAGGGUGGUACCAUCAUUGACCAGGACGGCAAGGUCCGCCUGCUGGAGAUCGCCCAGGUCCCCAAGGAGCACGUCAACGAGUUCAAGUCCAUCAAGAAGUUCAAGUACUUCAACACCAACAACAUCUGGAUGAACGUCCAGGCCAUCAAGCGCGUUGUCGAGGAGAACGAGCUGGAGAUGGAGAUCAUCGCCAACGAGAAGUCCAUCCCCGCCGAUAAGAAGGGUGAAGCCGACCAGGCCAUCUACCAGCUGGAGACCGCCGUCGGUGCCGCCAUCCGCCACUUCAAGAACGCCCACGGUGUCAACGUGCCCCGUCGCCGCUUCUUGCCCGUCAAGACCUGCUCCGACCUGAUGGUCGUCAAGUCCGACCUGUACCGCCUCGAGCACGGCCAGCUCGUCAUGGACCCCAACCGCUUCGGCGGUGUUCCCGUCAUCAAGCUUGGCUCUGACUUCAAGAAGGUCUCCGACUUCCAGAAGCGCAUUGGCAGUAUCCCCCGCAUCGUCGAGCUGGACCACCUGACCAUCACCGGUGCCGUCAACCUGGGCCGCAACGUCACUCUCAAGGGCACAGUGAUCAUCGUCGCCACCGAGGGCAGCACUAUUGAUAUCCCCCCUGGAUCCGUCCUGGAGAACUGCGUUGUGCAGGGUUCCCUCCGUAUUCUGGAGCACUAG